GGCGGCGUAAGUAUUCUAUUGCGAUCCUGAUCCCCAUUUGCCUGGAUCUCGCUCUCCCUUUUCUUAUUUUCUUCAUCCGAUACGCCGAUGGUGGGGGCAAGCGGGGCAGAGCCUCCGGUUGGAUUCGGUUGGGUGCGAUAUCCGUGAGCCCAAUGUCAGAAAAAGCCAAAAUGGGGUUACCGUGGUUAGUGAUGGCGUUGGUGGUGGUGGUGGUGGUGGUGGUGAUGAUGGGGGUGACGGUAGUGAUGGUGGUGAUGGUGGUGAUGGUGGUGAUGGUGGUGGGCUGCAGGAUAACUGACAGCACCCCAACACCGCACACUUGAGAAGUUGCUCUCGUUCUAGGUUCCUUCCAUGCUCCUUCCUUUACCGUAGUGUUCUCGGCUACAAUAGAGAGAUUCCUAGCUCAUCCCGUUUUUAACCCCGCCAAGCUUUUUUAUUUCAUUUCUAUUCCCUAUUCCCACGCUUCAUCGUCCCGUACAAUCUCUUCCCUUCCCUACCCUUAUGGUGCUCGAGUACCGGUAGAGACCUUUCCAUCAUCUCACUGGCAGACCUUUCGAUAACCGACCACAGUCCACCAGCACACCGCAAACGAACCAAACCCAAAAAUAUCCCCCCAGAUGCCGACAGUUAACUUUUGGAGAGCCCCCUGGGCUUGUCUUGCCCUUUAUCGACAGUCUUGCAUCAUAGCUUAUCCCGUCUCAUCACUAUCCACAGUUCCAAAAUUUUUGCCUCGCUUCACAGCCAGGCAGCCCUUCUCGACCUCGCUAACUCCGCUAACUCCGCCUCUCGCUUUUCGGUCUCUUGUUUCAAUCACAAACUUCACACCCCUCACCCUCCACCAUUCGCGGAACACGUUUUCCCGCAAUAACAACCAAGUACGAGUACGUGGAAUGAAGGUGCGAUCGGCCGUUAAAAAAUUGUGCGAUUGCUGCAAGGUACUGUGAUCACGUUACUCCUGUCGACCCCAAUUUUCCUUUCCUUGUUUUCAUUGGUGCCGAGCCUCGCUACCCCCCUUCAAUUUCCACUUCGUUUGCUGUUUUGACAUUUUUUGGUUGUGAUUCGAGUGGUCUGGCUGACAGAGCCUUGCAAAACGCCCAACAGUCGGUCCGCAGAAAGGGUAGAGUCUACAUAAUUUGUAGCAAAAAUCCCAAACAUAAACAACGGCAGGGCUAGCUCCAAUCUCUGGGCCAUGCUGGAUUUAGGGGGGGAGGCGGCCGGUGGUCGGUCCGUGGAAUCAGUCACGCUCGAGUCACUGUGUGUGACUUGAAAUGUUUGCAGAGGGAAAGGGGAGUGUACUUGUAUUAGCGUCUUCUUUUUUUGCUAUUA